AUGGCACUCGCUCGCAGGCUUGCAAUUCUUCCAGGAGGAUUGGGCGGCCUUGGAACGAGCAUAGGCAAGAAACUAAGGGAUCAAGGAACUCGGCUUGCCAUUCUCUAUGCACCUUUUGAAGCUGCACGCCGAGACCAGGUCCUCGGAUCUACCUACGGUGAAAUAGCCACCAAAGACGAUAUCCGCACGUAUGAAUGCGAUAUCACUUCUCCAGAAUCCGUCCAGUCGGCAUUCACCAAUUUAGAGAAGGAUAUGGUCGUCCCAUCAUCUUCGUCCUUGGCCGAGAGAGCCUUUCCCAGCAUUCUUAUCAAUACCGCUGGAUAUGUCUCCUUGAGCGACAUGGAAUUAACGCCUCCCGAGGAGACGGUCAAGCAUCUUAACACCAACAUCCUCGGCCCGAUGCUCUGCUCCCAAGCCUUUGCGCGGCUCUAUUUUGCGGCAUCCAAGGUUGCCGAGUCUUCAACCAGCCCUCCACCUCCAGGCCGGAUUGUCAGUAUCUCAUCCCAAGCAGCCCAUGCUGCGCUUCACCAGCAUGGCGCGUACUGUGCUUCAAAGGCAGGGCUUAUGGGUCUGACCCGCAGCAUGGCCUCUGAGUGGGCAAGCCGAGGAAUCACCUCUAACACCGUGUCCCCCACUGUUGCGUGGACGGCUCUAGGAAAGAAGGCCUGGGGAGAAGAAUCCGUGCGAGAGGCGUUUUUGAAAACAAUACCGACUGGCAAAUUUGCUUUGCCGGAAGAAGUCGCCGAUGCGGUUGUCUUCCUUUGUCAGGAUUCAAGCGGUAUGAUCAACGGAGCAGACAUCAGAGUUGAUGGUGGUUUUACAAUCAGGUGA